AUGUUUUUUCUUGCGAACAUUCUAGGCGGUGGAUUCAGGCCCACUUCCUUUGAGUAUCGCACAAAACUUGACCACGAACUAUCGAAAAUUGUUGAAAUGAGUGAUGGUGCAUCAAUCUCGCAAUUAGUGUGGAGACGGUUGUUUAUUCUCAUUGUUUCGUAG